AUGAAGUUGGCAACUAAAAAGAAUAGUGUACAGACUAAACAACAAAUACCACCAACAAAAAAGAUAGAUAACAAACGAAAACAAAUAGAGGAAGAGGAGGAAGUAGAAGUAGAAGAAUUUGAAGAUGAAGAAGAAGAUAUAGAUCAAGAUGAUAUAGAAGAAGAAGAUGAAGAUGAUAUAGAGGAAGAUGAUGGUGUAGAGGAAGGGGAUGGAGAAGAGGGAGAUGAAGACAAUACAGAGGAAAUGGAAAGAGUGACAGGUAUGAAGAAACAAAAUAAAGUUAGUUAUGUACUCAAACAAAUGACAACGGAAAAGAUGGUUGAAGUACAAAAGAAGAAUGAAAACAAGGGUAUUGUCUAUGUAUCAACUAUCCCAGCUGGUAUGACUGCCAAUAAAUUAAAACAAUUAUUAAUGAAAGAAGGAAUGGUUUCUAGAAUGCAUUUAGUUAAAGCCGACGUUGAAAGAAAACAUAGAAGAAAUAAUAUGUUUAAAGAAGGAUGGAUUGAAUUUAAUGACAAGAGAAGAGCAAGACAUAUUGCAACGGUUUUAAAUAAUUGUCCGAUGGGAGGUAAAAACAGAGACAAACAUAGAGACUGUCUUUGGAAUCUUAGAUAUCUACCAAAGUUUAAAUGGCAUCAUCUUAUGGACAGACUAGUACAAAAGAAAUUGGAACGUGAUCAACGUCUCUUGCAUGAUAUGGCUGCCAUGAGAAAAGAGAAUGCCAAGUUCCUCGAACAGGUACAAUACUCUAAAUACGCAAUGCCCAAGUUGGAAAAGAAGGUUGCCAAGUCUGGUGAAGACAAAGUACUUCGUACAUUCAAACAACGUAAAACUCAUGAAUUACAAAAUUCUGUUCAUGAUGAUUAA